AUGAAAAUAUUGCUUAUUCCUGCUGCACUCUAUUUUAUUAUUACAGGUUGCUAUUUAUUAAAGGAUUCUAAAUUACCAUUUUAUCCAUUUCAGCAUCUCUUUUAUCAAUUCCCUUAGGUAAUAAUCUUAUUUAAUAUAGCCAUUAAUAUAAUCCCUAAUAAUUAUCAUUAUGGGAAUUUUUGUAUUUCUAGAUAAAAAACCAUACUUAUUUAUUUUUCUGAUCCUAGCCUUUUCAGAUAUGAGUAUCAUAUUGUACCAAGCUUAUUCUUUAUAUAUGUAAGAAUUGAGUGAGGCACUUUAACAGUAAUAAUCCCAUUAUUCUAAAGUGUUGCAUACAAAUCCUUUAUAAUAGGUAUAAUCUUUGAGUCAAUGCGUAACAAUGUACAAUAAUAAAUAAGCAAAUUAAAAUGAUUAUUAAAAU